AUGAAUCAACGAAUCUUAUUUGAGAGGCUCAUGUCGCUGAGGACCGCUCCUGUUGGGUCCGAGGAGAAUCCCCGUCGCUCCCGGUGGCGACGCGUGGGCGUUAGCCGUGCUCGGCAAGCAAUGGCGGUAGCUGCGCCAGCCCGGCGGGCCGUUCCGGUGCCCGAGCCCAACCACCCUCGGGCCGCGUCCGGGAAGCCGCAUGCCAAGCUUCCCUUCGUGGACGGCCAGGCGAAGGAGAUGGCGCACCGCGACUUGCGACGGAAGGCGCUCGGAUUGCCGACUGCCCACCCCGCCGGCCCCCGCCAUCCAAGGGUCUACACGCUCAUCGGCCGAGGCAACCUUGCUCGUCCGUCGGAAAGAGGCACGCCUUCCGUGCCCGCUAGAUCUUCACAGGGAGUCCUCCCCCGCAGGAAUCCUCGUCCACUCCUCCCAGCCGCAUCUGACGUCGGACCAUCACGGCGAGAGAGGACACAAGGCCGAUCGGACCCCUACCCUUCCAACAGGCCCAGUCGAGCUGGAGCUGCAGCAUCCCGGGGAAACUAA